UUCUUCGCCACCACUUUUGUCUAAGAAAAUAUUAAGAAAUCUGUCUUUAAUUUACCGGACACAGCAGCUAAAACCCGACUGGCAGCGGUCAGGUGAGCUUCACCUCUCCUCUCCAUGGAGCUCCAGCAGUUCAGUGCUCCUGCACACUCGGCGGAGGACCAGACCUCAUCACGGGUGAAGAAACAUCUCCACAAACACAGCCUCAAGCGCCGGUUUGAAGUGCUGGAGACGCUGGGCAGGGGCACCUACGGCAAAGUCAAGCGCGCGGUGGAGAGACAGUAUGGAAAGACGGUGGCUAUUAAAUCCAUUAGAAAGGAGAGACUGAGGAAUGAUCUGGACAGAGCUCACAUCCAGAGAGAAAUUGAAAUCACCUCUUCUCUGGUGCAUCCAAAUAUCAUCCGUCUGUAUGAGGUGUUCGAGAGCAGAGAGAGGAUAGUGAUGGUGAUGGAGUAUGCGAGCGGAGGAGAGCUGUAUGAACACAUUCAGGACAAACAGAGACUUUCGGAGGACGAGGCCAGACACUUCUUCAGACAGAUCACCUCUGCUGUGCAUUACUGCCAUCAGAAUGGUGUGGUUCAUCGGGACCUCAAACUGGAGAAUAUACUUCUGGACAAAGACUUAAAUGUGAAGUUAGCUGACUUCGGCUUGUCCAACCGCUACAUGAGAGGCCAGUGUCUGGACACUUUCUGUGGAAGUCCACUGUAUGCAUCACCAGAGAUCAUCAAUGGACUACCAUACCACGGCCCUGAGGUGGACUGCUGGUCUCUUGGUGUGCUGUUAUAUGCUCUGGUUUACGGCUCAAUGCCAUUUGAUGGUACAAGUUACAGCAUCCUUAAAGAGCAGAUCCGCCAUGGACAAUACAAGACCCCAAAUAUCCUAUCAGGAGCUUGUUCAUUGAUCGAAUGGAUGCUCACAGUGAAAGUGGAAAACCGAGCCACUGUUGAAAACAUCGCCAACCACUGGUGGCUGAACCUAAACUGUCCCAGACUCCCAGAUACAGCAUUCUCAAGAUUCACAGAAAGUAAACCCUGCGCCUCGACAUUAACCAGGAAGAAACCAAAGGACAGGGCAUUCACCACAAACAGCAACUCUGUUCUUCUGUCAGCCAUUGAAUCGUCUACCCACAACCAACCCAUGAAACAUCCAAAGAAGGGCAUCCUAAAGAAGUGCUACACUCAGGUUGAGUAUGCAGACAGGUCUGGGUUUACUGGGACUAGUGAAGACAUGGACAGAAUGGGCACAGAUAACAGUAGGAGGAGAAGGGGUAUACUUAAGUGUAACGGAAAGUUCUCUGGUGUUUCUCCAAACACAUUGGCUUCUACAUGGUCGUAUGGUUUCAGCAAACCUAACUAUGACUGUGAUGGAAGCGAACAGCAGGAGAUGGAGUUUGAGAUCAAGAUCUGCCUGCGGAAAAUACAUGAGUCUACAGGACUGGAGUUUCCCCAGAAUAGAUAUUUUGAUAAGGUAUGCUGACUGUGAAGACAGUGACAUUGAUUCACUGGUAAACAUUCCUUUUGGCAUUAGAUUCCAUUUUCACUAAAUCACAUUUUUGUAGUUAAAUGGAGACAAUAACAGUACAAUGUAUAAUGUUUCAAACAAAGUUUACUGACUUUUUUGG